UAUUUGCAAAUCUGAUUCUGAUGACGUCAGUGCCUCACCAGCUAUGAACCUCACCGCACGUCACUGUUCAGUUAUUUUCCAAUCUCUUGGUUUGGGUCACCUGUCUUGCUGUGUGUGAUGGCAAAUGGAAAAUGUUGGAUUCUUCGUAUGAAUAAUAAUGUUUAACCGCCACACUCACAUCCUGAAAGUGUUUGUAUAAACUGCCUGUUUUUGGUUGGCAAUAAAGCGAAGAAAAAAAAGAAAGAAAGAAAUGCGCUCCCCUGCAGGAAGCAGAAGGGUGGGUGUGGGGAUGUAAGUAGAUGUUUAGUCAGAAACAUAAACUGUCACAUCACUGAAAAAAACCUGUUAAGAGAGCAAACAAGCUAAACUCGGAGAUGAUGUUGCUCAUUCAGAUUGGUUUCUCUACAGUUAGAUAAAUGUAAUUACCGCACUAUAAUAAAUUAAUAAACACUCGAGAAAUUGCUUUAAUUUUGAUCCUUAUGGGCAUAUGUUGUGUGGCAUUUAAUGAACUUUUCUAUAUAUUUUUCAUGAAUUGCUAUUUUUCAUUGGUUGUUUUCGGAUGGCUCUAUAAUGUGAUAAAUGUUCCAUUUGGAUCAAGGUCUUCAUCUUAGACUUUAAACGAAACUUUGUUGUUUCUUGGAUGGAAACAGAUGCGAGGAUGGAAGCAAAAAAAAGGAAAGAGAACACUUGCGGAUCAAGUAGAAAACUGGCCACAUAUGGUCUCAUUUCACAAAUAACUGCUUACAGUGAACUCUAUAAUGAAGGUUUUUCAGACAAAUCUGGCAACUAGCUUUUUUUCUAGGUUAAACGGGUUAGAUUUAUGUCGGAUUUCUAAGAAAAGAGAACGCCAAGAAAUUUCAUCAGAAACAUAUAAAUCAGCGGUGCAUGAUGUAACAUGUUUUCUAUGUUGGUCGUGUUAGUCGGCGUUUCCUUGUUUGAACCAGCAUCAACCUGCAGACACAAAGAAUACCCAACCAGCGAUGGACAAUGUUGUCCCAUGUGCCAAGAAGGAACCGUGGUCGCCAGGGACUGCACUGCUGAGUCAGGGACACGCUGCGUCCCCUGUGAGACGGGAACCUACAUGAACCAACCCAAUGGACUGAAGAAGUGUCUCUCCUGCGCCACCUGUGACCCAGGGCUUGGUCUCUUCGCGAAGCAGAACUGUAAAUCAACGUCAGAUACGGUUUGCGAUGUUCUAAGUGGGUUUUUCUGCAAAAGCUUAACAGAUAGUACAGGAUGCAGCACAGCAGAGAGACAUUCAGUCUGUAAGCCUGGAGAGAGAAUAAAGCAACCUGGAACCAGCAGACAUGAUACGGUGUGUGAAGCUUGUCAGCAAGGAUCCUUUUCCCCAAAUGGGGUGAACUGCACUCUGUGGACAAAAUGCUCUGAAAACCAAACCCCGGUCCAAGACGGAAGCUUAACGGCCGAUGUCGUCUGCAGCAGUGGAUCACCAAGAUACAGAUAUUUUCUGUCGCUGCCAUUUGUUUGCUUCUUAAUACUGUGCUUAGUGCUUUCCACCACAAACCUCUGGGUUUGUGAUUUGAAUAACUGUUAGAUUUAAGUUUGAUAACCAUUAAAGCUCUAACCAGCUUUCAGUAAUAAAGCCGACAUGGCUGAAGUUUUGCUUUUUAACUUUAUCUGUUUAAUAGUUAAAUGUUUUUUAGGAUCUAAAAAACUGCACUUUUGCUUUGGAAUAUUAUUGUUAGUCUUACUUCAGUAGAUUGAUUUUGAUUUUAAAGAAGUAGACUUCAGAUUGGAAACAUUAGACUCUUAGAUUUAUUCCACGAAUGUGCCAAUGUUUAUUAAAAUUGUUAGCAUAAUUACUCAACAUUUUAUACAUGUCACUGUUUACAUCUUCAUAUUGUGCAUUAAUAAACAUGUUUAUUUGACUCUUAUUUAUUAAUAUUCUUUGAAUUUGAAUAAAGACAAAAGACCUUUCA